AGCUCCUCGGCGCCACGCUGGCCACGCCGCGCGGAGUGCAGCAGGUGCUUUCCUUCUUCCACACAGAAGAUGAAACGCAUAUUCAGGACCCCUCGCGUCCCAUCAUGCACGUGAGCACCCUGUUUGCCCUGGGCGAGGGCUUGUGCGGAUACGAGGGCGUGUUACACGGGGGCAUGAUUAUGACCAUGGCGGAUGAGUCCAUGGGAGUCCUGCACGACAUCAACAAUGCUCUGGGCAAAAGGGGGACCACGUUUGGCGCGGCAAAUGUAACGGCCGGUCUUGAGAUCAAGUUCUUGAAGCCGGGCCCAAUCAACGAGACGGUAUUGGUUAAUGCAUGGGUGGACAGCGUGGAGGGGAGAAGGACGAAUAUCAAGUGCGAGAUUCGGGAUGGAAGAGGCAUCGAGAUUGCAAAGUGCUCGAGCACGUGGGUGUCAGUGAGGCCCAAGAUAUAAGUCAUCGCCAG